AUGGUCGCAAUGCCUAAAUCCAUCAUUGAUUGGAUUACCGGUAACAUAGAAUGCAAAAAUCUCACACCACAAAAGCAUCCCAUAAAAGCACCAGUCAUCAAAACAAGGCCACGCACAUUUCCCUCCCCUCUCCGCACUGUAGGUCAACGCUGGUGUGCACGCCCACUCAAUAACAGUAAAGCCAUCGCUAUGGCAAAGCACGUUUGCGAAAUCAUCCGCAAAAACACCAGUGUCCAACAAAACAACGGCCCCAACACUGAGGAAAGAGUUCCCAUAAUCAAUUGGCAAAAAUUAUACCACACCCUAAAAUUGAACACCUUAUUGAAAGAACACGAGCCCGACACCAAUCAAACCCUACCUAACCACUAUACAAAAUUUAAAAAUGCUUUCUCAAAGCCAAAAGCUGAAGAACUAGCAAAAGAAAGGUCAAACGUGAACUGCGAGAUUAUCCUCAAACCAGACGCCAAGAUGCGCUGCAGAAGAGUAUAA